AAUAAACAACCUAAGUACUUGAAUGUAAACAGUCUGUUUUGCUUGCAGUUUCAUUUUAUACACUGCUCAGAUCAACGCAUUUGUAAACCAUCAAUUUAAAUGUGUGAAAACCUUAUUACAGUAAAAAAGAAAAAGGUAGAAAAAAUUACAAAAGUAACUUUAUACCAUUCCAAACCUGUAACUGGGCUGUCACUCACAGACUUGAUUCUCGUAGCUCUUGCAUGAUUGGUCGCUUCAUAGUUAGACACAAAAUGAGAUUUGAAAGAGAACGCCUUGUUUGGGUUAAGAAAAGGAAAUAGAUGGUUAGACCCAAAGAAAAAGAUGGUAUUCAGUGCAAACCUUUGAGUUUUCUCUCUCUCGCUCACUUCCUGUUCCCACUUAUCCUUUUCAGGGAUCUGCUGGGAAGGUAACUUUGCCAGCUGUCCUACAUCCUGGACAGGCAAUUCAGGCAGUAAUUGCCUGUUUAGGUAGUUACUGACAGGCAAGACACACAAGACAGUAAACAAGUAAAAAGAUGCUCACACAUUCUUACCCAAAUGCUCUCUCAAUGCUUUUUUUAAAUAGCAGCUCUAAAGUGUUACAAUUCUGUUAUUAUGUUGUUUCUGUUCACCUUUUGAACAGAGCAGAGCAUAACUUUGCUAGAUGUACUAGUAACUCUUUCCCUUUAAAUGCGCUUUGCGUUUCCUGCCUUGCAGAGCACUUUUGUGAGGUUUUCUGUCUAAGUGUUACUUUUAAGAUUUACAUUUUACUGGUCUCUGCAGUUUUGAGGAACAAAAAUAAGUUGCCUACACUUCCUUCAUUUACAUAAAAAAACCCCCACAAGCAUCAAUUCCUAAGAAUAACUUCUAUGGUUUAAUUGCAGUCAGUGCACGUAGUUUGACGAAUCAUCCAGAUCACAACAUAAACAGUCACAAAAUGUGUUGUUUAAACAUUGCAGGGAACAUUUAAACAUUCCCUGCAAGUUACUUUUAUUUAAACUAAAAAAACAACAACUUUACAAUCUUAAAACCGUGAGAAAGAUUAACUUUUAUACUUUCUGUAUGUUGCAAUGUGUCAGAUAACCUAAUCUUCAUCCACCAUCUGUUUGGUCUCUAGAGUCUCUCCUGCCUGUGCUUCAUUUAGGAAGCACGUUUGUGUAUUGCUCUUGCCAAGUUAACCAGUUUUUAAUUUCAAUCACCAUCAAAUACAAAUGGCACAUGUUCCAGAAUUGUAUUUAUAAAAAGUCUUAAAAACCACUUGUUGCUUUUUCCCCUCUGUUACAGUCACUGAUCCCAAAUAAGUGCUAAUAUGUGUUACACUAACCACAUAAAGUUUAUAUGGUGAUGCUCUUCUGUCAUUACAAAAUAGAAAUUAAAAGUUGUUUAGUUUUUACCACUAAAAAAAAUAAUACAACCUGGUUGGAGAAAGGUGUUCCGUCUUUUAGUCUAGAGGUGACUAAGUUAUCAUCACUUCCUUUUUUCAUGUCAGUACAAGCAUCUUUUUUUUUUUUUUUUUUUUUUUUCUCAGGCUGAUUCGUAGCACGACAUUUUACCCAGUUCACUGUUGAACAAUGGGGCCUGGAAACUGCUCUGCAGUCAUUGAAGCUGUUGCUGGAUUACUUGUGUUGCUACUUUGCAUGUCUUGUGCCUUUGCUGGAGUAGAAAGUUUCUGUGAUGGCCGACAGAAUGGAACUCUGUGUUUUGGACCCCUGGGAGGAACUGUGUGUGUCAAACUGGUGGACAGCGUCUCAGAAUCGCAGAGUUAUCAAAUAAAACAUACAGCGUCAAUAAUCCUUAAGAUAAGAAAGAAUGAAGUUAUUUUGGGUCCCCUUUCAGACAAAUAUCACUUGAUUCUAAGUAAUGGUACAUUUAGUAUCGGAAAUCUCAAGAUGACUGAUGGUGGUGAAUAUGUUCUGGAAAUAUUUGAUUCUGAUGGAAAGAUGAAAGAACGUCGAACAUUUCAUUUGUCUCUUGAAGUUCCUGUGACCUCUGUCCAGCUGUUCGCUGAGUGUUUGUCCCAAGGACAGGUGAAUGUGUCUUGUCUCUCUGAAGGAGGGAACAAUCCUCGAUACAGCUGGACUCUGAAUGGACAAAAACCUUCAAACCGUGAGCUCCACUCUGGAAAUAGUGAGUCUAACACCAUCGUCCUGAGACCAAACGUUGCAGGUCGAGUGGUUUGCUCAGUCAGGACUAAUGCCAAUACGCUUCUCAAAGAGAAAAUCACAUCUACCUGUCACUUUGUGAACUGCACUUCAAAUGGUGUACACAUAUCUAAGUGGGUGUUUAAAGAUAACAACACUCGGUGUGUUGAACUUCUACCACAGACACAUAAUAUUAUGGCGCUAUUGCCAAUAGUAAGUGGUGCACUUGGAGCUCUGUUAAUCAUCCUUGUUGUCAGCAUAGGAAUUUUCUGUAUGAAGAAGAAAAAGCCAAACUACAAAGAAGAAAAUAAUUAUGGCCAAAAUCAGACCAGUGCUGAUCAGGUGAGGAGGCGACAGGAGCUGAGCAGAGAUAUCCCAGCGGAGUACGGCAAAGUUAAAAAGCAACCUCGGAGGUCUGAUGAUGUGAUAUAUGGAAAUAUGGACAACAGUGUGUAUGGAAAUGUGGAUGACAGUAUCUACGCAAAUCUCUGAAAAAAAACAAAAACAAAAAAAAAAACCUAUGUAAGGAAUUUGGGAAGUUUGCAGCGACUGCAAAACGACAACAGAAACAAGGAGGAUGGGAAGCAAUCUCCAUCCAUCCAUAUUUGAAGGCUUGCUGUCUGAUUCUCAGAGUGUUUAUGCAAAUCUGUGUGCUGUCUUUUGCAUUAAAAUGUUUUGUUCCUCAUCUCUCUUCCUGUUACUGGUUACAAUGAAACAAAUCUUUUUAGAACUAUGAAUGCAACAAACAUGCAUAACUAAGGAACUUAGCUACUGUUCUGUUUCAUUUGCUUUCUUUAUUACGUGCAUCCCUUAGUUUUAAGAUCCCUCUUGCUUUUUUUGUUCUGUGCCUGAAUUUAUUUUCAGCUCUGACUUUUAGUCUUUAAUUAUAUUUAUGUAGAGUUCAGUUCCUGCUUAAAUUUAAGUCCUCUUUUUCCAGUAUCUGAAUUUUAUUGUAACCUUUUGCUUCAGUUUCCUCAGCAUGUUACUGUCACAGCUGACUGAUUCUGCUAUCACACUCAUUUCACUCUGGUAAUCAUAUGCCUCAGUAUUUAACUCUCUCUCUUACAAUCAUUUCCUGCUGCUAUGCACCUGUUUGGUUUUCUCAUGUUCUGUAGGUUUUUCUUUUUCUUUUUCAUUAAACUUCCACUAUGCCAUUCA